GGCAGGACGUCCCCUGGGCCAUAGGGACCCUCCUCAAUUAGUGAAGAUCUAUGAGGAGCCAGCCAGUGUCCACCCCAGAGAGGAUGAAGAGGUGACAAGGGAACACAGGGAUGCUGUCACAGCCGGGGGGCCGUCAGCAGUUCCUGGCUGCCCCCAUCAUCUCCAGUGGCCACCCCGAUCCCGCAGCCCCUACUCCCUGGCAGGGCUGGCGCGUGGGUUACAUCCUGCACCGCCUGCACCACGGCGCUGCACCACAGCGCUGCCCCACUGCACUUGCCAGAUCCAGUCCCCCCCCGCUGGCAGUGGAGACCCAACACCCGCGUGGCCCCCCUGCACAGCACCUACCACGAGGAUGGACUCCCCUCCUACUAUGACAACCAGGACUUCCCCUCGGCCCACUGGGAUGACGAGCAUCUGGCAGGCUCUGCAAGGUGUUCCUAGUGCUGACCCUGCAGCUCAGUGUCACCAUCACCUUCAUGGCCAUCCUCACCUUUGCCAAGGGGGUGAAGCGCUUUGUCCAGCACAAUGUGUGGACGUACUACAUAUCCUGUGCCGUCUUCUUCACCUCCCUCAUUGUCCUCAGCUGCUGCGGGGAGCUCCGGCGCAAGCACCCCUGGAACCUGGUGGCCCUGUGAAUCCUGACAGCUUGUCCUACAUGGUGGGGAUGAUCGCCAGCUUCUACAACACCGACGCUGUCAUCAUGGCCAUUGGCAUCACUGUCUUUGUCUGCUUCACCGUCAUCAUCUUCUCCCUGCAGACCAAGUACAACUUCACCUCCUGCCGGGGCGUCCUCAUCAUCUGUUUGGUUGUCCUUAUCCUCUUCUCCAUCCUCUGCAUCUUCAUCUGCAACCGCAUCAUGGACAUUGUCUACGCCUCCCUGGGGGCCCUGCUCUUCACCUGCUUCCUGGCAGUGGACACGCAGAUGAUCCUGGGGAACAAGCAGUUGGUGCUCAGCCCUGAGGAGUUCAUCUUCGCUGCUCUCAACCUCUGCACUGAUAUCAUCAACAUCUUCCCCUACAUCUUGGCCAUCAUUGGGCGGGCCAAGGAAUGACCCCCCUGACCUCCCUGUGCCCCCUGACCACCCCCACAGCCACUCCCGUCCCCCCAGCCCCCUCCCCUCUGCCUCACAGAGUUUAUUUCUCCUGCUGGGAGCUCGAAGGAGGGGGGCUGUGUCCCUCACCCACACUCCCCCCACUGUCAAAACCCCCAUCCCUGUGCCCCCCCACCACCAAAAAAAAAAAAAAGCAGGACUGGAAGCACUGUCCCCAUCUCCAGUCCAUGUGGAGCCUCCCAACUCCGUCCUGCUCCCCCCCACGCAUGUGCUGCCUGGGGGCCCCCGCUGGACCCCCCUGGGGCUGAGGGCAGGGUACCACCCCCCAGGUGGGCAAGCGGGGGGGGGUCCCAUGUGGGCACCAGGCACAGUCAAAGCAUCAUGGCAGGGGGCCCAGCCCCCUUCCCAGAC